AACCCUACUUUUCUGUCUACAUUCUCUGCAUUUGAUAAGUGAGAAAACGUAACGUUACAAAAUAAUUUUAUAGUGCUUUAGAAACCAUUUAAAACUGUAUUUUGUAGAAUAAAUUCGUUUCUAUUUAUCAAGAAAUAUAUUAAUUAUACAUUGUGGUCCAGGAAGUUAUAGAUAGUAUAUAUUUAUUGAAAAACAUUGCUGAAACGCGAAUUGUAUUUUUUCAAAGAUCUAGUAGUAGAGAAUGGCGAAGAAUUUUCAAAAUGGCAGACCCAUGCACAGAGCUGCUGCUAUACCAUAUAAAAAACCUUUUAAGAACCUGGGGAAUGGCGGUGGGGGCCUUGGGCAUCCAGGCAGAGUCAAUCCGAUGAUGUUUAAUGGCAGUCAAAUUCCCGAUAAUCCUGGUUACUUAGAUUUCAAUAAUCCGUCGCCACCGGUAGGUAUUAGCGGUGGAAAUGGGCUUGGUCAAAUGCAACAAAAGAAGAAAAAUAACAAGAAUAGGCCAAAGGGAAAACCACAAGGACAAUUUCAACAACCAUCGGUAAACCCACAAGCACAGCAAAAUGGUAGUGGAAAUUGGAAUAAAAAUAAAGGAGUUCAAUUUCAAGGUCCCAAUACUAUAACAAACAACAGAUUCAAUGGCAGAAAUAUAGGUGGCCCAAGAAAUUUUAAUAAUGGUGCUCCAAUUCAGCCAAAUGGUCCUAACCGACCACGUCGUAUGGGUCCCCCUGGCCCAGUGCCAAGAGGAAAUGCUGCAAUGCCGCCCAUGCCACCACCGCACGGAUUCCAGCCACCGAUGAUCCCACCGAUGCCACCAAUGGGUCGAGGUCCAAUGCCUCCGCCAAUGGGUAUACAACCACCACCAUUUCUCAGACGUAGUGGACGUCUCGGACCGAUACCACCAAUCCCCCCUCCAAUGCCGCCAAUGAUCCCACCGCGUAUGCCUCGUGCUAUGCCGCCAGCACCAUUUAAUAAUGCCGGCAAAAUUAAAAAACCAAACACGAAAUUGGUUAAAAAGGUUAUAAAAGGAAAGAGUACCAUAAAGACACUGAAAAACUUAGUGAACCAAUAUCCCAUUGAAAAGCCUUGGGUUACGGAUGAAAUACGAGCUGAGCAUGACAAAAAAGUUGAUAUUGAAAACAGGCUCAAAGGCAAUAAAAACGAUGAUUUAUUCGCACAAUUUAAGGUGCAACGUGACAAGUUUGUAUCUAUGUACGAAACGGCACGGGAGGAAUAUUUGAAAAAGGAGGCCGAGGCCGUUAAGGCAAAGGAUGCUAAAGACAAACAAACAAUUAACAAGACCGCCACAAAGGAAGAAAACAAGAAUGAUGCAAAUGCAAAGUAAAAUAUUUCACAUCAAAGUUGAUUUAUUAAAAACUAAAAACUAGUAAAUAUUUGAAUGAGUUUCAUUCAAAAAUUUGCAAAUGAAACAAAUUAAAUUUAUCUUUAAAUAGCAAUCUGAUUAUUUAACAUUGGUAGAAUGCAAUUAAAAGGUCGCACACUUAAAUCAAAAAAUAAAAAUCAAACAAAAUGGUUUAUGUGAACUGUCCAGACCUAGUGUGUAACUAGAAUUUGUUAAGAGAAAAUAUUAAAAAUAAUAAAAACUUGUAAGCACGUUUAUGCUGUUUAAAUUAAUAUACAAAAUUAGAGUCUAACCAAAUGUUUAAAUGAUUUCUAUAUCAAGCAACUUUGCUAAACACAAGUUAUGUAACUGUUAAUAAUUUUGAAAAUAUUUAAAGUUGAUUAAAACAAAACUACCAAAUUAAGCUAAACCAAAAUAAUUUAUGAAUCCAAUUUGUGCACACGAUAAUUAGAUGACUAUUAUUUGUUGUCUACUUUGCGUUAAACUCCUAAAAAUAAAAUUCAUGCUUACCAUAUUAGUGUGUGCAAUUGUAUUUAGUAACACAAUAUUUAAAAUCAUUUUUCACCAUUCUCAAAAAAUUGUAUUUUUCAAACUUUUAAAGUUCAUUCUUAUAGUCUAUAUAAUAUAAGUUCAGCAUAUCAGUAGAUUGUCGAAAUAACAAUUAUAUUGUAUCUAUGAGUAACUAAAAUAAAACAUUUCAUGUAUUUGCUUUACAAUUAAUUUCUGUAUAUACAAUUGUAUAUGAAAAUCAUUACUUUAGAGCAAUUUUGAUAAAUAAUAAAAAAUUUUGUAGAAAUGUAUUUGAAAAGAAAAAAUUAACACGAUUAAUUGGCAUAAUCGUCAUAAAUUUAACAAUACUUCAUUAUGAAUAAAAAGAAUGUGCGUUGAACUUAUCCGAGCAGAUGCGGACGUGUGUAAACGGCGAUAUUUGUUUGUCUUGUAUUAAAUUGCAGUUUGUGGUAUAUGACGUUUGAACGAUCGACCGUUUGUUUUUUGUUGUAACAACAAUAAACAGCCGGUUACCUGUUUGAGAGUCGCUCACGCGUCAUUACCACAGACAUCUGUAGAAUAGGAUAAUUCAACAAUGAUAACCCAAUGAAGUUUCAACAGAAACCGAAUGACACAUAAUAUAUAUAUUUAUAAUUAUUUACGUAUGUAGUUGUAAUAAAUGUCUAUUUCAGCAUAAACACUUAAAUAAAAUCAUAAAACUGAA